AUGAAGAUUUUAAAUAAGGCUGCAUUACAACACGCAGAAAAGGUUCUGUGGUCAUACUUACCAAAAGGCUUCAUGGCUUAUGGAUAUCUGUUUGGUAUGAAUAGAGACAAACCACAUACACUAGAGGUUGUUGUGGACUCUUGGCCUGAUUUUAAAACAAUCAUUUGUCGACCGCACCCAAAGAGUGAACACACCCUGCUUCAUAAUGAGGAACUGACUUUCUUCAGUACUGAUGAGAAGGUUCUUAAGAGAAUGUUGACAGAAGACAGCAUCUUAGAUUGGAAUAAAUACUUCAAAAUUGGAGGGAUUGACAUGCUUCAUACCACCAUGUUGAAGGAAAUCUCUGCCACAAAAGAUGUCACAAUGAGACCGUGUCAUGUAACUCACCUCCUGGAAUUACAAGACCCAAAUCACCUUCCUCACCUGACAGUGAGCAGAGAUGUGGAGGCCAGGAUCUCCUCUGUGAAUGAAUCCAAUGUCGGUUUGGUGAAUGAAACCUGGAAACGUGGAGGUGAUGAAAAUGGUUUCCAAGUAAUCAAACAUCUGAUAAGCCACUUCCCCACAUGUUGCAUCACUGAUGAAGAAGGCCGUCCAGUUUCCUGGGUGCUGCUGUAUGAUUACUGUGCCAUGGGGAUGGUGUACACCCUGCCAGAGCACAGGGGGAAGGGCUAUGCCAAGAUCCUGCUGAGCACCAUGGCAGCAAGGCUCCAUGCCCAGGGUUACCCUGUGUACUGCUACACUGAGGAGGAGAACCAGGUCUCCUACAGGCUCUUUAAGAAACUGGGCUUUACUGAGGACCCCUCCUACAGGGCUGCCUGGUAUGAGUUCAACUACUAA